AUUCUCUGACACGUAAUACGAUAAGAAUGCUGACGUUCAAAGUUCCGGACCGAAAGCCACAUAACCUAUGUAUGAGAUAACUGUUCUCGGAUAAAUAUUUUGGUUAAAUAUUUGGUGACGAUGGAAGACAACGACAAAUUCAGAAAGCCGCACUAUCCCCGAAGAAACGGCCCUUUCAGGCCACCUCCAGGGGUUCAAAAAGCCAUUCAGAAUUUUGGAGUGAAAGAUCUUAGGGAAAUACUUGAUAAGAAGCAGCAGGGAAAGUUCGAAGAUGAUAAGAAACCAGAACCUAAAGAAAAUCGUCCUCCUCCAGACCCACCAUACAACUAUCUUAAAGACCCCACCAGAGAUUCAUCCGUUCAGCCGGAGGAUAAACAUCACUUACCUCAAAGGGGCAAUCAGCGCCCAAGAAACGAAGACUCAUCGAGAAAAGGACAACCCAGAAAUCGAGACCAACAAACUAUCAGUGAAAGGCAUUCGUCUGCACCCCAUGCCACCGAGGACAGACAGGGGAGGGCUUCAAAAAAAGAGUUGCGUUUUAUGGAUCCUGUUGAUGACAAUUCUCAGGAUAUGCGAGGUGAAAAGUCUGACGAUUUGCGUGGGGAAAAGCCUCAGGAUGUGCAUGGUGAAAAGCCCAACUUUAGAGGCCGGAGUCAUAGAAGAGGGCAUAACCCGCGACAUACUGAGCCCAGAGAAGAGAGACUCGAGAACCUUGUAAAUAUCAAGGUGGAAUUGAGCACGGAAACUGGACACCGAAAUUGUGUACUAGAUGAGAGCACAAAAAUUCCAGACCUGAAGUACAUCCCAGAUCAGCAUAGGAAACCACGUGGAAGGGGUUCCUAUAGGGGCAGAGGCCGAGGUAGGGGUAGUUUUAGAGGCAGAAAGGAAAUGUCGAAUCGAAGUAGCUCGGAAGAGCCAAAACAAAGCGAAGCAGAAAGUCCAGCGAAUGCUUCAGCAGCGCAUAGUCCUGAAAUUGCCACUGAUGAAAAUCCGGAAAAUGCUGAACCUGAAGAAUUUGUUGAUAGCAAUGAAAAUUAUGACGACAGUGGAUACGUUGAAACAAACUUCAGCCAUCAAGAAGAAAAUGAACAACCUAAAACUGCGUUUGACGCCAGUUUAGUGGAAGCAAUCACCAUAACUUCUCAAAAGCUUCAGGAUGGAGGUGCACAACGAGCCGUCGAAGGCACAGCCACAAAGGAGAGUGAAACGAAUGAAAAUCUUGAUUAAGUGCCGACCAACUGAUUGUGUACAGUUUUACUGUGUUAUUUGGAUUCUUAUCCUUUACCUUCGCUGUUUUCUCUGGAAUGUUUUUAUACUAGUCUAUUGUGAGUUGCAUUAUUUUUGUUGUACUGCUUUUCUUGUGAUAUUUUCCAAUUCGUACCUUUUCCUCUUUUAAUUCAUAGAGUUUUAGGAAAAAUGCGUUUAUUUUUAUAUUUUUAUGUGCGACAAUAUCAUAUUCUGUUAUACUGGCUUAUUUUCUUUGCUAACUGGUGCUUUUUACCCUUUGGCAUCCUUUUGGCCCAAUGGUGACAAAAUGCAGACAAUGAAUGACAUUGUUGCAAUAUAUAAAUGUUUUGUCUAUGUGCAGCUUUUUUUAAAAAGUGAUAUUUUUAUGCUAAGUUGUCAUAUUUAUGCUUCGUAUGUAUUAUGUAAAAGUAACAUCAAAGAAAAUAUAAUUGAAAUAUUUACUACACAA